AUGGCCGGGGCACGAGGGAUAUUCGGCGAGGAACACGAUGCAGAUGGUAUUGAGGUAGUUGACAGUAUCGAAGCCUCAACUCUGCUUCAGUGGGGGUCGACUGAGCACCACACUGAAGAUCAGACACUCGCAGAGUGUUCGAAUUGGUCCACUGGAGUACCUCAAUGCCCAUCUCUCGCCGACGGCCAUGUUGCACAGAUCCAACAAUUGUGA